AAACUUGAACAGGAAAAACUCAUGAAAGAAGCUCAAGAAGCCGAGCUUCAAAAAGCUCGUGACGAGAAAAAUGCGCGCAAAAAAGCUGCCAAAAAAGCACGCAAAGAAGCCGCUAAACUUCAAAAAGAGAAAGACAAGAAAACAGAAGAAACGCAUUUAGAAGAGAGUUGUAUAGAAGAAGAGGAUGAAAAGUUGGUGAAAACCCAAGAGAAGUCCGUGUUGAGUAAAAGAGAAGUCAAAGAGGAAAAGAAAGAAGAGAAAAUCGAAGAGAAAAGAGUCGUCAAAGAAGAGAAAAAGGUCGAAGUGAAAGUGGUGGUCGUCGUUAUUAGUCUCUUAGUCCUCCUAGUUGUUUUGUUCGUCGUUUUCAAACAAAACAAUCAACAUAAAUGA